CGCUAAGGCUUCACAUGGCCAGCUCACAGAUUGCAUCCAUCCGUAACCUACACGACACGACGCGACGCUCGCAUAGAGGCCAUGCAUCGUCCUGCAGUUCAAUAAACCAGCUUGCUCGCUUUGGCAUCGUGAACACAAUGCCCGACGCCAUUACACACGCCGACUCGGCGGACCGUCCGAGCUCCCGCGUCGCCUCGAUAGACGGUGGUCCGUCGUCGCUAGAUGGGCUGCUACAGCUCCAGCGCGGGGGCGGCCCGCCUCCACUCGUCGUGGCCCCACCACCAUCUCAUCCAUCAAUAUCGCCGCCCGCCAUCACCGUCGACCAUUCUUCCGCAGAUGGCGCUGAGCCCGCCGCGGAUGCUGAUGCUGCUGCUGCUGUUGGACGACGACGCGGCCCAGCGACGUCGACAAUCGCCACCCCGACCUUGCUGCCUCCGACCCUGACGCCUGCCACCACCACCAGGCAAGCCAUCUCUCUCGGUGCUCUCUCCACCCUCUGGGGUCCAGAUAGCACCUCCAACGCCCACAUCGUCACCUCUACACAAGAAUCCCCUGUGCCCGAUCUCACAGCUACUAGCUCCAGCUCUGUACCCAGUACCACUACCACUCUUACCAACGUCCUGCCCCCCACUCAGUCUGCUGCUCUUCGUGCCUUGAACGCCCCAGCUUUCCAAUCUUCCCUUCAUCCCCCCUCUCCUCAAGCUCAAACUAAGUCCAAGCCUGCAAAAUCGACCUCCAGCCGGACUACGCUCUCUAGUCAGCCUGUCGUAGUCCGGACCUAUUCGGGCUCGAGGCACAAGUCCCACCACUCCACCUCAUCCGCCAUCCCCUCGCCACGCUACAUCAACAUGAACCGCCCUAGCACCAGUUCCCACCCCAAUGGUAACACAUCUGCGCUAUCGGCUGGUCUAGCAGAUGCUCGCUAUCAACCUAAGCUUCCUAAUGUCGAAUCCUUCUCCUUCUCUGCCAUCUUACGUGCCGUGGACCCGGAGAUUAGAGAUGCCAUAGAUGCCAUUGCCGAGAUAUGUGCCCGUAGUCGGUACAGUUUGGCUGACGAGUACGAUGCCCACCUACCUCCCCAAGGAGAAAUCACCGAAGGAGGGGCCAGGGCCAUCGAAGCUUUAACUGGUGGUAGUGGUAGUGGUCGAGCUCCGAGCAGCACUAGCAGCAGGGGCAGAUUGGCACGGAUCGGGCAAGGCUGGAGUACAGCGACAGCAGAACGAACGCUAGUAUCGGUACCAGAAGCAAGCAGUUCCAGCGAGCGUUCUUACGCAGGGAGUCAAAAAAGCACCACUGCCGGAAAGAGAGGGAGAAGCCAGUCUGCCUAUGGGAGCUUGAAGAGCGUAAUCAGCGGCGGAAACGGCAAAGUCAUUCUAUCAAAGCCUAACAAUACGAGAAGGAAAAGCACUGGAAAUAUCCUAACCGACAUGCUCCCCGUUCCGACCACCAUCGCCAAACUCGAACCUCUGUCCACAAUAACAUCGAAACACAACCACACGACAUCCCCUUCCACACCAGCCUGGUCCAUCUUCAACCCUCUACAUCAAACUACACAAACACAUACGCCAUCCUCUCCGUCCACGCCAUUCCAGCCAUAUCGCCCAGCCAUCACCAUCACCACUUCCCCCCGCGCAUCCCACCAUCUAUCCCUAGACACUUCUUGCAGCAUCAAGCAAGUCAUUCCUUCGGAUGAGGACACGCCACAGCCCCCAAAUGAAUCCGCGGAUAACGACAUUCACCCCCAAUCCCAGAUUGUAAAGCCCAGUCCACUAGUCGAACCCUCUAAGAAAGGCCAUAUAAGGAAUACAUCAGGAGGCAGCACCUUCGCGGCACUGACAUCGUGGGUUCCGCUGUGGCCGGGACGAACGACAAAACCCAAUCCCCCUUUUCAGCGUACGGGCCAUACGGUCGAGGAACAGGACACUGAUUUGUCAUUGGGUGAAGUCAAAGAACGCUUGAGGGGCAUGCUGAAAGGUGGAUCAGAGUAG